GAAAAAAUGAUCGUGAAAUUAAUGUUUGAUGCCUCUAAGCCUCUCCACUAUCUCUCCAGUAACUUUGCCCCGGUUCCCGAUGAAACUCCUCCCGUCAAAGACCUUCCUGUCAAAGGUUACCUUCCUGUGAGUAUAUGAUUGCUUGAAUGGGGAGUUUGUAAGGGUUGGUCCUAAUCCAAAGUUUGCACCUGUGGCUGGAUACCACUGGUUUGACGGAGAUGGGAUUAACGUCUUAAGUUCCUCAUCCAAAAUGCACAAUCAGUCUACUGCUUAAUUUUCCUGGACCGCAAGCCAAAUUUGUAUGACACAUAUACCAUUAAGUAUUCAGCAAAUUAUCAGAUUGUGUGCAACUCUUGUUAAAAUCUCUAUUUUCUCUUGUAAUAUGAGUGAUAUCAUCCAUUUUUCUACUAGCCACUUUACAACCUUUGUAAUUAUUUCAGGAUUUCGAAAGUUUAUAUCAGGACCAUCCUAGUUGACAUGUUAAGUAUGGCUUUGUAUAAGUUAUUAUCUUUUUUCUUCAAAUUUGCAGCAUGAUUCAUGGUAUGCGCAUCAAAGAUGGUAAGGCUAAUUAUGUCCGCCGCUAUGUGAGGACAUCACGUCUUCAACAAGAAGAGUUUUUUGGAGGUUCCAAAUUUAUGAAGAUAGGAGAUCUUAAGGGGCUGUUUGGAUUACUGAUGGUUAGCAUGCAAAUGCUGAGAGCAAAGCUGAAAUUAUUGGAUAUGUCAUAUGGACAGGGGACGGCUAAUACAGCUCUAAUUUACCACCAUGGAAAGCUCUUAGCACUUCAAGAGGCAGAUAAACCCUAUGUGGUAAAAGUUAUGGAAGAUGGAGAUCUGCAAACUGUUGGCUUGUUGGAUUAUGACAAGAGACUUAAACAUUCCUUCACUGCUCAUCCAAAGGUUGAUCCAAUCACUGGAGAGAUGUUUACAUUUGGCUAUUCACAUGAACCCCCGUACAUAACUUACAGAGUUAUUUCAAAGGAUGGUGUCAUGCAUGAGCCGGUGCCAAUAACCAUAUCAGACCCCAUCAUGAUGCAUGAUUUUGCAAUUACUGAGAAUUAUGCAAUUUUUUUGGAUCUUCCCCUGUACUUCAGGCCAAAGGAAAUGGUGAAAGACAAGAAGCUGAUAUUCACAUUUGAUGAUACAAAAAAAGCUCGGUUUGGUGUUCUUCCUCGUUAUGCAAAGGAUGACCAUCAAAUCAGAUGGUUCGAGCUUCCAAAUUGCUUCAUAUUCCACAAUGCCAAUGCCUGGGAGGAGGAGGAUGAAGUUGUUUUGAUCACUUGCCGCCUACAGAAUCCAGAUCUAGACAUGGUCAGCGGGAAUGUAAAGGAAAAACUUGAGAAUUUUGCAAAUGAGCUGUAUGAGAUGAGGUUCAACAUGAAAACUGGUGUGGCUUCUCAAAAGAGACUAUCAGCAUCAGCUGUUGAUUUUCCCAGGGUGAAUGAAAGCUAUACUGGCAGGAAACAAAGAUAUGUGUACGGAACCAUUCUGGAUAGUAUUGCCAAGGUAACUGGGAUUAUCAAAUUUGAUCUACAUGCUGAAUCCCAGCCAGGGGCAACAAAGCUUGAAGUGGGAGGAAAUGUUGAAGGCAUCUUCGAUCUGGGACCUGGUAGGUUCGGUUCAGAAGCUAUAUUUGUUCCUCGGAAGCCUGGCACCAGUUCUGAGGAAGAUGAUGGCUACUUGAUAUUCUUUGUGCAUGAUGAAAACACUGGAAAAUCAUCAGUGAAUGUGAUUGAUGCAAAAACAAUGUCAAGUGAUCUUGUUGCAGUUGUUGAAUUACCACACAGGGUUCCAUACGGGUUCCACGCCUUCUUCGUGACAGAGGUGAACCUAACUUCACUGCAGGAUUUUUUUUUUCAUUAUCAACUAUUCUGUCUGUCUACUUUUUGUUUUCCUAAAAUUCAGUGUAGUGCUGCAUAACCAAAAAUCCUGGAAUACUGAAAAACAGGAACAACUCCAAGAACAGGCAACACUGUAAUUGUUCAAACCAGAUAACACGUGACCAUUGCAGGCAGCAAAGAUACCAGGACCGUGUUAAAUAGACCCAGAACCAGGAGGCAAAGUCGGGUCCAUAUAGAGUAUGUAUUUGUUACCCCAUCUGCAUACUUCAGUAUGCACGAUAUUCCAAUAAAUAAAAACCUUGGUAUAAUUUCUCUA